UUUGCAAUUCACUUCAACAAAAUUGUGGUAUACGAAAUUGGUUACCCAAAAUGGCGUCAACAAGUGACAGAUUUCUCAAUUUCAACAUUGGUGUUCUUGGACAUGUUGAUAGUGGGAAGACAUCAUUAGCUAAGGCAGUCAGCACCAUUGCAUCCACUGCUUCAUUUGACAAAAAUCCACAGAGCAAGGAAAGAGGAAUCACAUUGGAUCUUGGAUUCAGUUCAUUCGUAGUAGAUGCGCCAGAACAUGUGGCCAAACUAGGAUACAGCAAAUUACAGUAUACCCUGGUUGACUGUCCAGGGCAUGCCUCACUGAUAAAGACAAUAAUAGGUGGAGCCCAAAUCAUAGAUAUGAUGAUGCUGGUUGUUGAUGUAACAAAAGGUAUGCAGACACAGACUGCAGAGUGCUUAAUAAUUGGGGAGAUACUUUGUGACAAAAUGAUUGUGGUUCUAAAUAAAAUUGAUCUAUUGGAUUCAAACAAGCAAGCUGCUGCCAUAGAAAAGAUGAAAAAACGCAUGCUGAAAACACUGGAAAACACCAGAUUUGCGAACACCAUUAUUGUUGCUGUAGCUGCUAAGCCUGGUGGCCCAGAGAGUACAGAAACUGAAUUAAUUGGAAUCACAGAGCUGAUCAACUGCCUUAACCAAAGUUCAUAUGUUCCUGACAGAAACUGUGCAGGUCCCUUCAUUUACUCUGUUGACCACUGCUUUUCAAUAAGAGGUCAAGGAACAGUAAUGACAGGAACUGUUUUAAAUGGCACUGUCAAUAUCAAUGACACAGUUGAAAUCCCUGCACUCAAAGUUUCGAAAAAGGUAAAAUCAAUGCAAAUGUUUAAGAAACCAGUCCAAAAAGCUGCUCAAGGAGACAGGGUUGGUAUUUGUGUAACUCAGUUUGAUCCUAAGUUGCUGGAGAGAGGUCUUGUUUGCACUCCUGGUGCUUUACCAACAUUAUAUGCAGCUGUUAUUAGUGUAUCUAAAAUACCUUAUUUCAAAGGAAAAUGCGAAACAAAGUCAAAGUUCCAUAUAACCAUUGGUCAUGAUACUGUUAUGGCUAAGCUAACAUUUUUUGGCCCAAAAGAUCGCUCUGAUGGCACAGAUUCUAAAUGGGAUCUGUCCAGUGAAUUUAGACAUGAAGAUGAACUAUUGGAUACCACACAAACAUUCAACUUAAAACAGGGCGCUAAACCUGCAACCCAGUUUUUACUUCUUGAGUUUGAGAAACCAGUCACUUGUAGUGAAACAUCUCUUGUGAUUGGUUCUCGUCUUGACACAGACAUUAAUCUAAACACAUGCCGCCUUGCUUUUCAUGGCAGAAUGCUUGAAAUGAUAAAGGUAAAAGAAUAUCCUCAAACAUUUUUGCCCAGCCUCAAGAUUUUCAAAGUCAAAUGUAAAGAAGGGAUUGUUGACAGAAUGAUGGAUGAAUACUCUGUGAUAGUUAGGUCACUCUUUAAGAAAGAGACAAAUUUACAAAUGUUUCUUAACCUAAAAGUUACCUUGUCAACCGGAGAACAUGGCUUCAUUGAAGGUGGUUUUGGGCAAAGUGGGAAAAUAAAAGUAAGAAUACCUGAUGGUCUUAGUCAGAAAGCAAAAUCACAACUUGCUUCAGUUCAAAAGAAGAAAGGGAAAGGAAAACUAGAAGACACACAUACAGCAAAUGAAGAUGAAACUACUGAAAAAAUUAAGAUGAAACUUGAAUUUAAGAAAUAUAUUUUUGAUAUAAAACAUAAAAUUAUUCAAAACUAAGUAAAUAAAGUAAAUAAGGCAAAUUAUGCAGGAGUUGGUGUAAAGAAAAUAUGAAGAAAAUUUUUCCUCUAUAGUGAAACUUCAGAUCUCUUUUCAUAGAAUUUGAUUGUAAUUAUUUUUCUAGCGGAAUAAAAAGACCUUUAUGAUUGUGGUAAA